GUUAUUGAGAACGUUCCUAUGAUAACGAGUGUCGAGACUCUGAAUCACUACAAUUGCGACUUCUGCGUUCAUGGAGACGACAUUUCUCGCACAGCAGAUGGAAAAGACACUUUCGAAGAAGUAAAAAAAGCAAAUCGUUACCGAGAAUGCAAACGCACUUCUGGAGUGUCGACGACUGUAGAUCUUCACUUAGUCGAUGCUGUAGAGUGUCUCACUCAUGGCAUUUAUAGGAUAUCGUUGAAAGAUUGCUGUCCUUGA